CCAGCUCUACAGUUCUAUGAUUCUAUUGCUCUCACUCUGCCUGCUUCUAGCCCAGCUCACAUAACUCAGCUGUGGCUUUCAUCUUUCUUACUACCAGCCAUGUGAGGGAGGGGCCCAUUCAUUUGCCCUCUGGCUCAGAGCAGCGUCCUUUGUCAGACUAACAACCACACUUAGGUGGUAACUAUGACCAUUCUCUCACAAAGGAACUUGCUUGGACAAUUCAACAACGGAAUCCUCCAAUAGAUUUUAACCUUUGCUGGAUCCAGGACCACAGGGAUUAGAAGGGACUCAGGCAUUAUGCAGACUAAACCCCACAAACUGACAACGACAGUUAGUCUAUGUGCAUAUAAGUCUCAGAUGAAUUUCCUGUUUGUCAAAACACGAACUUAUCCAGACAUGUAAGCCUACUCAGACCUGUAAAAGCUGGCAUGAGUUUUUACUUCUUUUUAACUCAAUGUUGAAGAGGCAACAACAAAGCCGCUGGGCUGCCCUUGAGUCCCUGGAGCAAAUGAAGCAGAGUCGGGAGGAUCCCAAUCUAGGGUGAGGUUUGUCUCAGAAGCGGUGUUGGGAAAGCCCCAAACUGUGGUGGUGAGGAGUUCCUGGAAUGGGAGGUGCUGUGGGACUAUUGUGUAUGUGGUUGGAACGGGAAGUUAUUCCAGACAGGGGAGCCUUGAUGCCAGUGCACUGGUUCUCUCCAUGUCUGAGUGCAAAUGAGGGUGUCAUUGCUACAAGGAGGCACUGGCAGCGUUGGUAUGGAAGCUGCUCCCCCCGCCUCGUAGUUCUGGGCUAGGUAAGGGUGGGGCAUUGGCUUGGCAUAUUUAUGCCUGCUGGGUAACUGUCGUGCAGGAUUACUUUGACCAAACAGGCUUUUCAACUAUUUUGUUAAAAUGUUAUCAGGCUUAACUAUCUUGAUAGCAAACUAUCACUAAUUGAAGAUGCUGCAAUGAAAUCUUGUCACUUGCAUCUUUGGCUGGGGAGUAUAUAACAUGCUGUUUUUGGAGAAACAGCCACACUUGGCAGCUGUCUCAAAAAGAAGCAACAAACCACAGGAGAAAUCACGGUUAACUGACAGCUGUACGAGGAGGAUACAAAGACAGAAAGCAGAAGCAAAGAAAUGGCAGGGAUCUGGGAACUUUUUAUUGUUCUGUCCGUGAGUCUUCUGAUUCUGCACUUCCUGAAGCAGGUCUGGUCACGAAGACACUACCCUCCUGGUCCUCUUUCACUUCCUAUCAUUGGUGGUCUCUGGCGGAUCGGGAUCAUGGCUACUCAAGAAACAUUCAUUCAGAUAGCAAAGCAAUAUGGAAAUGUGUACUGUAUAUGGGGAGCAUAUGCACCAGCAGUAGUACUAUCUGGAUACCAAGCAGUGAAAGAAGGCCUUACAAACCAUUUCGAUGACCUGUUCGACCGACCAGUAACCCCAUUCCUGAAAACUGCACUUAAAAAGAAGGGCAUGGUAUUUUCAAACGGUCGUAUCUGGAAGCAGCACAGACGUUUCGGCGUGAUUACUAUGCGGAAGCUGGGGCUGGGGAAGAAAGGUAUGGAGCACCAAAUAGAAGAGGAGGCCAUUGAGCUUGUGAAGAUCUUUGCGCAGGCAAAGGGACAGCCACUUGAUCCAUCACUGCCCAUCACAAAUGCAGUUUCCAAUUUAAUAUGUGUUUUGGCUUUUGGGUACCGAUUUUCCCUCGAAGACGAAAAGUUCCAAAAAAUGAUGGAAGGUGUUGAUUUUUGCUUAAAACAUGGAGGUUCCAUAAUUCAUUGUCUGUAUGAACUCUUCCCAUGGUUGAUGAAACAUCUCCCAGGACCUCACAAUAAGGCAUUUUCUUCCAUAGAGCUAGUACAUUCAUUUGCAAAGGAAGAGGUGGAAAGGCAUAGAAAGCAGCAAAAGGAUGAGCCUCAGGAUUUCAUUGAUUUCUAUCUACUUCAAAUUGAGAAAAGCAAGGAUGACCCCAACUCUACCUUUGAUGAAGAGAACCUGGCAGAGUGUGUUCUUGACCUCUUUAUCGCAGGGACAGAGACGACUGCUGCUACUCUGCAAUGGGGACUGCUCCUCAUGGUGUCUUAUCCAGAUGUUCAAGAUAAAGUCUACAAAGAGAUGGAAGAUGUUUUUGGUUCCUCCCUUCCCAUAUGUUAUGAAGAUCGAAAGAAACUGCCUUAUACCAAUGCUGUGAUGCAUGAAAUUUUGCGUGCAAAAUAUCCCUUAUUAUUUGGGAUUCCCAGACGAAGUGCAAAGGAUAUGAAGAUGCGUGGUUUUCACAUUCCAAAGAGGACACUUGUUAUUACAGAUCUGCAUUCUGUUCUUGUUGAUCCCACACGAUGGGAAACACCUGAAGAGUUCAACCCACACCACUUUUUGGACAAGGAUGGAAAUUUCAGGUCUAGAGAAGAAUACCUGCCAUUUGGAGCAGGGGCUCGAGCCUGUGUGGGAGAGCAGAUGGCCAAGAUGGAGAUAUUCCUCUUCCUAACCACCCUUUUGAGGGCAUUCCGCUUCCAGCUGCCAGAAGGAGUGAAAGAAGUCAAUAACAAGCCUGUUUUGGGGCUGACAUUGCACCCCCACCCUCACAAACUCUGUGCUAUUCCCCGCUGCAGUGCAUCAGGAAGCAUAUAAAAAUAAUUACCGUGGUUUGUUUAUUUAUUGCCAUAAAUUUCUCCAUUAUUAUUA